GGGAUUUUAGAAGUACAAACAAAAAGAAAAAAUAGCGAGAGCUCUUAAAAAAAUUACAUUUUUAUUGUAAAAUUAUAAAUAAAACCUUAAAUACAAUUAUUAUAUUAAUAAUAUAUAUAUCAAUUAAUUAAACAAUAUGUCUAUUGAAAUUGAAUCGGCUGACGUCAUCCGCCUGAUCCAACAAUAUCUUAAAGAAUCGAAUUUGUAUAAAACUUUACAAACAUUACAAGAAGAGACGGGUGUUUCAUUAAAUACUGUCGACAGUGUAGAUGGUUUUGUGCAGGACAUAACAAAUGGUCAUUGGGAUACAGUGUUGAAGGUGACACAAAGCCUCAAAUUGCCGGAUAAGAAGUUAUUGAAUUUAUAUGAACAAAUUGUUUUGGAAUUAAUCGAAUUGCGAGAAUUGGGUGCUGCUCGUUCACUUUUGCGGCAAACGGAUCCAAUGAUAAUGUUAAAACAACAUGAACCGGAACGUUAUAUACAUUUAGAAAACAUGUUACAGCGAGCAUAUUUUGACCCUAGAGAAGCAUAUCCCGAAGGCAGCAGUAAAGAAAAAAGACGUGCUAUAAUAGCCCAAGAAUUAAGUGGCGAAGUACAUGUUGUACCCUCAUCCCGUCUACUGGCUCUACUUGGUCAAGCUUUAAAAUGGCAACAACAUCAGGGUCUAUUGCCACCCGGCACCACCAUCGAUUUGUUCCGCGGUAAAGCGGCCAUGAAAGAUCAAGAAGAGGAAAUGUAUCCAACACAAAUGUAUCGUCAAAUUAAAUUCGGACAAAAAUCACAUGUGGAAUGCGCUCAAUUCUCGCCAGAUGGUCAAUAUUUAAUAACCGGCAGUGUAGAUGGUUUUCUCGAAGUUUGGAAUUUCACUACAGGCAAAAUAAGAAAAGAUUUAAAAUAUCAAGCACAAGAUCAAUUCAUGAUGAUGGAACAGGCCGUUUUGGCCUUGACGUUUUCUCGAGACUCUGAAAUGGUGGCUUCUGGUUCACAAGAUGGACAAAUUAAGGUUUGGCGUAUAAUGACGGGACAGUGUUUGAGAAAAUUCGAUAAAGCUCAUACAAAAGGUAUAACAUGUCUACAAUUUGCACGUGACAACAGUCAAGUAUUAAGUGCCUCGUUUGAUCAUACCAUACGUUUGCACGGUUUAAAGUCUGGCAAAAUGUUGAAAGAAUUUAAAGGACACACCUCGUUUGUUAAUGAAGUUACCUUCACACCAGAUGGUCAUAGUAUUUUAAGUGCUUCCUCUGAUGGCACCGUUAAAGUGUGGUCACUAAAGACCACAGAAUGCUUGUCCACUUACAAACCAUUAGGCAAUGAAUUAGCUGUUAAUACGGUAUUAAUAUUACCAAAAAAUCCCGAACAUUUUAUUGUCUGUAAUCGUUCUAAUACUGUGGUCAUUAUGAAUAUGGCUGGACAAAUUGUAAGAUCAUUCAGUUCGGGUAAAAGAGAAGGUGGUGCUUUCAUAGCAGCUAAUCUAUCACCAAGAGGAGAAUUUAUUUAUUGUGCCGGUGAGGAUCAAGUGUUGUAUUGUUUCUCAGUAUCAUCUGGCAAAUUGGAGAGAACAUUAAAUGUACACGAAAAAGAUGUUAUUGGUUUAGCACAUCAUCCUCAUCAAAAUUUAUUGGCCACCUACAGUGAGGAUGGUCUUUUGAAAUUAUGGAAACCAUAAGCUAUCCUAAGGUAAUAAUAAAAUAAAUUUAUUUAUUAUAAGUCAUUUUUAUCUGCCCUCUUAACUAUUGACUGGAACUCUUUAAUAAAGUCUGCCUCAAAAACAAAAA